AUGGAGUUUGUUACCAACAUAGUUAUGGAUCGAAGCUGGAUGAACGCACGUCGUAUUAGUGAAGACUAUGAAAAAGGGGUUGCUAUAUUCUUGCAAUAUGCUCAAGAACAUGCAAGACCUGUGUGUGGCACAUACUAUUGUCCUUGUGUUCGUUGUUUGAACCAAAUACGUCAAAAUUUGAGCGAAAUACGUGAUCACCUAUUCGUCUAUGGCAUAGUCAAGACUUACACAAUUUGGACUUGGCAUGGAGAAGUAUUAGACAACCUUGGUACAUCACGAACAACAGAAUAUGUUGAAGAAUGGAUGAAUGAUAAUUUAGAGGAUAUGAUACGUGAUGUUGGUGAAGAAAACUUUGGAACAACUCAUUUGUAUGAUUCUUUGAAGUUUGAUUCAGAGGAACAAUUGUACCCAGGAUGCCCUACCUUUUCACGAUUGUCUGCAACUUUAAAAUUGUUCAGUUUGAAAGCAAGAAAUGGAUGGACUGAUAAAAGUUUCACAGAGUUGUUAGAAUUGUUGAGGGAGAUGCUUCCAGAAAAAAACACGUUACCUAAUCGUAACUACGAGGCAAAAAAAGUUCUUUGUCCAAUGGGUUUGGAGUACAAGAAGAUACAUGCAUGCCCUAAUGAUUGUGUCUUAUACAGAAACGAGUUUGCUGCAUUGAAGGUUUGUCCAACGUGUGGGUUGUCCCGAUUUAAAAAGAAACUUGAUGAGAAUAAUGUUGAUGAAGAAAUAGAAGGCCCCCCCGCUAAAGUGUUAUGGUACCUUCCCAUAAUUCCUAGGUUGAAACGAUUNUUUGCUANNAAAGAAGAUGCAAAGAACUUGACUUGGCAUGCACAUGAAAGAAAGUGUGACAAUCUUCUUCGACACCCAGCUGAUUCUCCCCAAUGGAAGAAGAUUGAUGAAAUAUUUCCAGAAUUUGGUGUAGAAUCAAGAAACUUAAGACUUGGACUUGCUACAGAUGGUAUGAAUCCUUACGGAAACUUAAGUAGCAAACAUAGUUCGUGGCCGGUUUUGUUGAUGAUUUACAAUCUUCCUCCUUCGUUGUGUAUGAAGAGAAAAUAUAUGAUGUUGUCUAUGAUGAUAUCUGGACCUAAACAACCAGGAAAUGAUAUUGACGUGUAUCUGAAGCCCUUGAUUGAUGAUUUAAAAUUGUUGUGGGAGGAAGGUAUUGAUGUGUUUGAUUCAUAUCGUCAAGAAAAUUUUCGUUUGCAUGCAAUUUUAUUGAAUAUUAAAGGAAAGACAAAAGAUGGAGUAAAAGCACGACAAGAUUUGGUUGUCAUGGGCAUCCGUUGUGAGUUACAUCCACAAUUAGUUGGAAAACGCANAUACUUACCGCCAGCUUGUCAUACUCUUUCCAAAAAUGAAAAACAAAGCUUUUGNCAAUGUUUAAAAAGUGUAAAAGUACCACAAGGUUACUCUUCAAAUAUUAAGAGCAUUGUGUCUAUGCAAGAUUUGAAGUUGGUUGGUUUAAAGUCCCAUGAUUGUCAUGUGCUUAUGCAACAACUUCUACCAGUAGCUAUUCGUGGCAUCUUGCCUACUUCGCUUAGAGGUGUUAUAACAUGUUUGUGUUUCUUCUUCAAUNUCAUAUGCAAGAAAGUUAUUAACCCUGAAAUGUUAGAUGAUUUGGAAACUGAGGCAAUCACAAUAUUGUGUCAAUUGGAAAUGUAUUUCCCGCCGUCAUUUUUNGAUAUCAUGGUGCAUUUGAUUGUGCAUUUGGUUAGAGAAAUUCGAUUAUGUGGUCCAAUUUUUUUGAGAUGGAUGUACCCAGUUGAAAGAUACAUGAAGAUAUUAAAAGGAUAUGUGAAGAAUCAGUAUCGUCCGGAAGCUUCAAUUGUGGAGUGGUACAUUGUAGAAGAAGCUAUUGAAUUUUGCUCUAGUUAUAUGCCAAAUUGUGAACCAAUAGGAGUGCCAAAGAGUCGACAUGAUGGGAAAUGUCAAGGUAAGGGUACUCGAUCACUCAANAUUAAAAGUGUAAGUCGAAAAGAAAUUGAUCAAGCACAUUUGUACAUCUUGAACAACACUGAUGAAGUUAUUCCUUAUAUGUCCNAACACAUUGAUGAAAUAAAGUUGGCACACCCACGAAUGAAUGAAAAAUGGACNCUUAAUGAACAUAACAAAACUUUCUUUGCUUGGUUUAAGAAAAAGGUUUACUCUCAAAAGGAUGUUUNUGAAACUUUGUUNAGGCUAGCUCGAGGCCNUAACAAUUAUGUCAUCACAUAUGGUGGGUACUAUAUAAACAACUUAUGUUUCUACACAAAAUUAGAAGAUGACAAAAGUAGAGUUCAAAAUAGUGGAGUUACCAUUCAAGCUNAGUNUAUGCAUUUUGCUAGUUCAAAAGACAAAAAUCCAAUUAUAGCAUCUAUGAGUUACUUUGGAGUGAUUGAAGACAUUUGGGAAAUUGACUAUGUAACAUUUAGAGUGNCAGUGUUUAAAUGUAAAUGGGUUGAUGUCAAUACGGGUGUUAGGAUGGAUGAGUUUGGGUUUACAUUGGUUGAUCUUAACAAGGUGGGUUAUGCAGAUGAACCAUUUGUUAUGGCAUAUCAGGCAAGACAAGUAUUCUAUAUAACUGAUCCGUCUAAUCGUAAAUGGUCUGUUGUCUUGGAAGGAAGAAGCACACUCNGUACCCAUGAUGACNACUCUCUAGAUAUAGUAGAAANGAAAUCCUCAGUAUCAAGAACAAUUGAAGUGGAAGUCAAUAACAUAGUGGAUGACAUGCAUGCUAUUCGAAGUGAUCAUGAUGAAGGAAUAUGGGAGAACAUAACACCCUAG